AUGUCUCCCACAGAAAGCAAGAAGCGCCUGGCCCUGGCCAUCAUCGACUUCCUGGGCUCUAGCCUGAAGGAUGGCACCCUGACCGCCGACGAUGCCGAGUCGAUUGAAAUCGCCCAGUCCUGUAUCGCCGAUACCUUCAAGGUAGACCCGACCGACUCGGCCGCCGUGAACGACGCUGUGGGCGGCCAGUCCUUGGCCAACAUCUACAGCGUCUACGAGAAGCUGCGGAGCAAGUCCUCGCCUCAAUCCGCCGACAGCGGGGCACAGUCAUCUGGAGCCACCGAGCAACCCAAGGCUGGCUCGCCGACUACCGAGUCCGACAAGCUCAAGUCCGAGGGUAAUGGCGCCAUGGCCCGCAAGGAUUACAGCCAGGCUAUUGAGCUCUACACCAAGGCGCUGGAGAUUGCCCCCGCCAACCCGAUCUACCUCUCUAACCGGGCCGCGGCGUUCUCGGCCGCCGGACAGCACGAGAAGGCUGCGGACGACGCUGAGCUGGCCACUGCGGUGGAUCCCAAGUACUCUAAGGCGUGGAGCCGGCUGGGUCUCGCCCGCUUCGACAUGGGCGAUUACAAUGCCGCCAAGGAGGCUUAUGAGAAGGGCAUCGAGGCCGAGGGCAAUGGUGGCAGCGAGGCCAUGAAGCGUGGCCUGGAGACCUCCAAGCGCAAGAUCGAGGAGGCCAGCCGUGCCACGGAGCCUCCCGCUGAGGAUCUGGAUACUGCUCCGGGUGCAUCCCGUGGUGCAGGUGGUAUGCCUGAUCUGUCGUCGCUGGCUAGCAUGUUUGGUGGAGGUGCUGGCGGCGGUGGUGGCAUGCCCGAUCUGGGCUCCAUGAUGAACAACCCUAUGUUUGCCAGCAUGGCCCAGAAUCUGAUGAGCAAUCCCGACAUGCUCAACAACUUGAUGAGCAACCCGCGGCUCAGACAGAUGGCCGAGAACUUUGGCCAGGGAGGCGGCAUGCCAGAUAUGUCCAGUCUGAUGAGCGACCCGAGCGUUGCCGAGAUGGCCCGCAACAUGAUGGGAGGUGGUGGUGGCGGCGCCGGACGAGGAGAAGGUGGCCAGUAA